AUGGAGCGGCGGGUGCAGCAGCCCGGCGACGCGCAACAGCCAGGCAAGGACGGCGGCGGCGACUCUCCUCCACCGCAACCGGAGCUCCGGCAAGGUCCGGCGGUUCGCGUCAGGGACGACGGCCCGCUACGCGCUGCACGCCAUCAACCUCAAGCUCGAACUCGGGCCCCGCCGGCGCUGCACGUCGAGGCCGUCAGGGACGGCGAAGAGCCCGUCAGCUUUGGCCCCAGCGCAGCCCUCGUCGACUACUGA